AUGAAGAAAAAUUUAAUAAGUGAAGUACUAGAAUAUCAACAAGACAAUCGAGGUUAUGUGCUAGAUCCACUAAAAGACAAAACCUUUAAAACUAUAUUAAGCAAAAAUGAAAACAAAAUAUGCUUUGACUGUGGUAAUAAAAACCCUAAAUGGUUAUCUUUGACGUUUGGUAUAUUUAUAUGCCUGAAUUGUUCAGGUAAACAUAGGCAGUUAGGAACACACAUUUCAUUUGUUCGUUCUGCGGGAAUGGAUAAAUUUACAGCAAAACAAUUGGUUAGAGUGUGUCUGGGAGGAAAUUUAAAAGCAAGUGAAUAUUUAAAAAAAAAUAAAGAUGGGCAAAUGAUUGAUUAUUCAUCACCUAAUUCAUUAAAGUAUAAAAUGUAUUUAGAUAAUUUAUUGGAGGAAACAUUAUCAAAUUAUAACAGCGGUAAAAAUAUGAAUAGUAUGGAGUUACAUAGUAGUAACAAAAGUGUUAAUACUACUAAUCAAGCAAAUAAUAUAAAUAAUGUAACUACCCAACCGAUAAUUGAUCUGAUUAGUGAUGAUAUAAAUACUAGAGAAGUUAUAAAAAAUAAAGUUGGAAAUAACUCAAAUGAACAAUUUGGUAAUGCGUUUUCUAAUGUUAAUGACCUUAACAAAAUUAAUAGAAGUAGUAUUCCACCACCAAAUAAUUUCUUUGAGGAAAAAAUGAUAUACAAUAACUCUAAUAAAAAUUUUAAAGCGAAAAAAAUUGAUAUUGAUUUUGAUGACACAAUAUUUGAACAUAAUGUGAUGAAUAAUAAUAGUAACAGAAAUAUACAACAAAUGAAAGAACCGAUUAUUAAUAAAAAUAUGAACAACUUUGAUAAUUCUUUUAAAAUUUAUGGUAAUAAUAAUAUGAAAGCAAAUCAUUUUGAAACUGGUUUUAACGAUAAUUAUAAUACAAUGGAUGUGAACAAAAAUGUUAAUUCAUAUAAUAAAAUAGGUUAUCAAAAUAAAAGUAAUAAUAACAAUUUGAACGUGACAAGCGAUUCCAAGUUAAAUAAAUUUAAAGAUUGCAAAAGUAUUCGAUCAGAUCAAUAUUUUUAUGAUGAAAACCAGAGGAAUGCUGAUCCUUUUGUUCGAAAUGUAUAUAUAGAAAAUAGCAUCUCAUCUGAUCAAUAUUUUAAUAGGGACACCAGUAAUAGAAAAAAGUCGUGGAAUUUCGAUGAACAAACAAUUCAAAAUCUUCAAGAUUUAAAAGUAACAGCUAAAGAAGGCUUAUCAACUAUCGUUGCAGCAGGUAGUGAGGUAUUUUUGAAAGCUAAAGAAUGGUUCAAUAAUUAA